AUGUACAAUGUUGGAGGAUUCGAAGUCGCGCGCUGGGCGGUGUUCACGACGCUCUCGGCAGCACUCUGCGUGAUCGGGGGGAUCAUGGUGCCGGUGGUAGCGCGUUUGUGCUCGUCGCAGCGGGACGUGAACUCGCGGGUGUUGAACUAUGGAUUGUCGUUGAGCGCGGGGGCGAUGAUGUGCAGCAGCAUGUACACGAUGCUGCCGCGGGCCAAGGGCCGGGCGGUGACAGAGUUCCUCGGGUUCCUGGGCGGGGUGGGCGCGAGCUUCGUGGUGAACGAGCUGGUGCACCGGUACACGAGCCAGAGCCUGCUGCACUGCGCGCACGAGGGCGGGGAGGCAGGGCCGUCUACAGGGCAGGGCGAGGGGCUGGGGCCGUCGGAGGAGCGGGCGCUGGCGGUGCGGCAGUCGCUGCGGCAGUACGGGAGCACGACGUGCAUCCCGCUGGCGCGGACGGCCACGGUGAACUCGCUGGCGCCGACGUGCGGGAGCGAACACAAGCAGACGGUGGUGUGUCUGGAGAGCAACAUCGGGUACGACCUGGAGAACCUGGCGACGUACCGGGAGCAGUACCGGGCGGGGCUGCCGAGCAACGCGGGCGAGACAGCUUGCGCGGGUGAGGACGAAGAGCACGCGGCUGCGGAGCGGCACCUGCAUGUGCUGGCGACGCCCUUCUCGAAGCUCCUGUCGAUAGGGAUCCAGACGUGUGUUGCGAUCACGCUGCACAAGUUCCCGGAGGGCUUCAUCAUAUUCUUCACCAACGGCGAGGACAUGGAGGACAGCCGGCUCGGCCUGUCGGUGUUCCUGGGGCUCGCAGUGCAUAACUUCAUUGAGGGGUUCACGAUGACGCUCCCGUUGUACACCGCGCUGGACACGAAGUGGCUCGCGGUGCUGCUCACGGCCGCGCUCUCUGUGGGCACGCAGCCGGUUGGCGCCCUCUUCGGGUAUUUUGUGUUCAAGCAUACGGACAAGCACGAUGUGCAGCUCGACAUGACGUUGCUGCUGAGCAUCACGGCCGGCUUUCUAUUCGUGCUGGCGCUACAGAUGUUUCAGACUGCGGUUGCGUUCAGCGACACUCACCACCACCACGAGGAUGACGACGGGAAAUUGAUAAAGAGCGAGCAUAGCUCCGGGACCAGCUGCCUCAAGUGGUGCUGUCUCGGUGUGCUCCUAGUUCUUGGGAGCAAUACCUUUGCUAGCUAG